GAAACGCGAACACGUCCGGCAAAAAACAUGCAAACUGCCAAAACUUUUCGAGAAAUGGCUAAAUAUUGGGGAUAUACUAUAGAAGAGCACAUUGUUAGAACACAAGAUCAUUAUAUCCUCGGAAUUCACGGCCUCCCCGAGGGAAAAUAUUCACCUAGUGAUGCUGAUUCAAAAUCCUAUAUAGAGUCUAUAUUUGAUAAAUGUGGUGUCUCUCAUACUGCCAUUCGGAUUGAGCAAGUGCGCUCUUCAAAAGAACUAAAGCCAGUAGUUUUAUUAUACCACGGACUUAUGACAACUGGUGCACCCUCUCUUACAUAUAUUGGAUUUUCACAAGGAGCAGCACAAGCUUUUGCAGCUCUUUCAAUCAAUCCAAAACUUAACAAAAAGGUUAAUCUUUUUGUUGCCUUGGCUCCUGCUACUAGUCCUAAAGGUUUACAAAAUCCAAUUGUUGACGCUUUUAUCAAGGCUUCACCUAAUAUUGUAUAUCUCUUUUUUGGACGCAAGGCAUUUCUUACUAUGGCAAUGUUUUGGCAGAGAGUUCUUUCUCCCCCAAUUUAUACAAAAUUACUUGAUACAUGUAUGAAAUUCCUCUUUGGUUGGUCUGGAAAGAAUAUGAAAGAAGAACAAAAAGCCGUAUCAUAUUAUCACUUGUAUAAUUUUACAAGUGUUAAAAGCUUGGUGCAUUGGUUUCAAAUAAUUCGUGCCAAUAGCUUCCAAAUGUAUGAUGAAUUACCACCAUAUUCAUCACCUACUGCCAUGGGCCAUUAUUGUCACAAAUUUCCCACAGAACAGAUCCAAACACCUAUUAGUGUGUUUUAUGGAGGAAGUGAUAGUUUAGUGAAUAUUGAAGUUCUUCUUAAACAACUACCUAAACCAGUGUUUGCUAAGGAGGUGCCACCCUAUGAGCAUUUGG